AUGGGGGCCUCUGCUGGUCCACAUUUCUUAUCCGGAUUUAACUCAGAGCUGGUGAUCAAUCUCUCGACUAAAGACGGAGUUUUGGACAAACAGGGCUCUUACAUGGGUUCCUACGACGCAGCUGCGAAUCGACCUGUGUGCACGUUGUCCAAUUCAUCUCAGUUCGCUAUGGUAGCUCAAGCGUUUCUUUGUGAAGGAAAGAUGGGAAAGGUAAUUGAGUUAAUUGCUUCUGACCGCGUGCGGGACGGAAAGUUCGAUCAAUUUGUGCAGCAGGCGCUAGCCCUUCGAUACAAUAAGCUCGAUCGUCCAGUUGGUGUCGGGGGUGUGGUGGUGCAAGAGACUGGCAAGUGCAAAUUUCACGUUCUGCCAGAAUUUUGCAAUGAGCCGUUGGACACACCGGCCAAAGUAAACCAAUGGCUGAAAUUCUUCGAAAUGGACUGCCCUGCAAUUGCCGUUGGUACGGCUCUAUCCCAUGACCCGCAAAACUGGAAGAUUCGUUUGGAACAUUUUCACUGCUUCAAUAGUAACAGAACACUUUGUGGACACUGCCAUUUUGAUACAGAUGGCGCCAAAGCCAGUUAUAGAGCUUACCUAGUUCCGGGGAAGCAUUUACUCCGGGUGGACCCACCGCAGUGA